AUGGCCCAUGACGGGCGCCCCAUCUACAUCGACCGUCUACAUGGAGAAAGGAAGUGGAUUCCAAACCUGACCGACAAGGUCGAGAGAGAAAGGCAAAAUGCGGCAAUCAACAGGGAGAACGGUGCAGCUUACAUGAGUGCCACGAGAAUUUACAGGGCCGACGGGGACUUUGGUGCCGGGCAAAACACUACGGCAGAGUAUGGAGUUGGCUAUGGGCGGCUGGCAGUGAGGGGGGACCCUUCCGAAGACGAAGAAGAAGCUAGCCAGCAGAUUACUGGUCCUAGACUUGUCCGACGCGAUAUCCCACGCGAGUGGCUUCCUCCGGACAAUGGCCUGAAAAGCCGCCAGUCAGCCGAUGCUUUGCUGAUAGCCCACGGUUAUCCCAAAGACGAGAUCCCCAACAUUCCAACCGAGGCCUACGAAGACAUUGUGCGCAUCUCGGAUGACGAUGACCGAGGUCCAGGCGUCUGGGAGUUGCGUGACUCUUUCACAGGAACAGGAACGCCACGCGGUUUCUUCUACGAAAACAUCAGCAGACAAGAUCUAGUGAAACAUCACUAUCCUUCUCGGAGGCCAGGCUUAGGCUUGUCGAGUCCACCUAAAAGGACUUUUCAAGUAAGCGAUGAGGAGGUUUACCUGCAGUAUGGCGAUUGGAGUGAGGAUGCUAGGUUCAAAAUAAACGUGUACUCUAUCGAAAUCACAAGACCUCAGAAAGAUGACAAUGAUGAAAGUGGGAUUUGA